CCCGCCCCGGCAGCGCUCGCGCAGGAAACCGGAAGCCGCGCGGGGUCGGGGGCAGCGCGGGAGCGGCGGCCGGAGCGGGGGGACCCGGCUGAGGACUUUUCUCCGUAAGAACCUGAAGCCCCCAGGGCCCCAUCAUGGAUUUUCAGCAUCGCCCUGGAGGUAAAACCGGGAGCGGAGGCGUCGCCUCGGCCUCGGAAAGUAACCGGGACCGGCGGGAGCGGCUGCGGCAGCUGGCGCUGGAAACCAUCGACAUCAACAAGGACCCUUAUUUUAUGAAAAACCACUUGGGUUCUUAUGAGUGCAAGCUGUGCCUGACGCUGCACAACAACGAGGGCAGUUACUUGGCGCAUACGCAGGGGAAGAAGCAUCAGACCAAUUUGGCCCGUCGAGCUGCCAAGGAAGCUAAAGAAGCCCCUGCCCAGCCCGCGCCGGAGAAAGUUAAAGUAGAAGUGAAGAAAUUCGUGAAAAUUGGACGACCGGGUUAUAAAGUGACCAAACAGAGAGACCCUGAAACAGGCCAGCAGAGCCUCCUCUUCCAGAUCGAUUAUCCGGAGAUCGCGGAGAGCAUCAUGCCGCGGCACCGGUUCAUGUCGGCCUACGAGCAGCGCAUCGAGCCGCCCGACAGGCGCUGGCAGUACCUGCUGAUGGCGGCCGAGCCCUACGAAACCAUCGCCUUCAAGGUGCCAAGCAGAGAAAUCGACAAGGCAGAAGGAAAGUUUUGGACCCACUGGAACAGGGAAACCAAACAGUUCUUCCUCCAAUUCCACUUCAAGAUGGAGAAGCCUCCAGCCCCCCCAAACCUCCCACCAGGGCCACCCACGGUGAAGCGGCCGCCGCCGCCCCCGCUGAUGAAUGGGCUGCCCCCCCGGCCGCCGCUGCCCGACUCGCUGCCGCCGCCGCCACCGGGGGGGCUGACGCUGCCCCCCAUGCCCCCCUCAGGCCCGGUGCCGCCGCCCCCGGUGCCGCCGCAGCUGCCGCCAGCGCCCGGCGUCCCUCCCCCGGCUCCUCUGCCGCCCAUGAUGAGGCCCCCGCUCCCCACCGAGGGGCCGGGCGCCAUCCCCCCCCCACCGCCCUCCAACUGAAGCCCCCACUGGACUCUGUCCCACCGGACCCCUCUCGCUCGUCUCUUUUUAUACGCAGAUCACGACUGAUUCAGAGAAAUAUUGCAGUUUUUUAGGCCCGUGAGUUGGACUCAAUCCUGUAGGUUCAUUAAAAGGUUUUCCAGUUUUCCUUUCUCUCUGUUUUCCUGUGUCUUGGUUAAAAAUGUUGCCAUGUCUUCAACUUUCUUUAGCCCUUAAGUACAUAAAAUAUUCCCAGCCUGGUUAUAGUUUGGAAAUUCUCCAAAGAGGAGGCAAAGGAUUGGAAAUCGCUUGGCACUUCACCUCCUCCUGCCUGAAUGGCUCCAUCAGCCCCAGCCCAGCUGCGCUGGUAGCAUGUUAACCCCCCUCAAACUGCGCAUCCCGUUAAUUAGCAGCCAGUUAAUCAGUUGCUAUUCAACUGAAGUCCUUUAUCGAGCUGUUUAUUCGGUGAGGGGGAGACUUGACAGACGGAAAGGAUCCUGUCACUGCCUCCCUGGUAAUCACAGCAGAAUUUUCUACAUCCAAUUUUUGAUUUUUCCUGCUGAAUUAGGGUUGCGGUCGCUGCUGCAACCGGAGCUCAGGUGGCGCCAGCUCGAAGCUGGAAACAUCUAUACAAGAAAAUGGGUCUGGGCUCCCGCUCAGGCGGCCCUGAAAAGCACCGGCUGGGAUUUCAUUGACGGUUCCACACAGAAUCCUCCUCCUCCCCACGCCUGUGAACCCGCUCUCUGGGGCAGGGCAGAGAUCUCUGGGAAUGUCUGCAGUGAUAUUAAAUCUUACUUUAUUACCGUAAUUCAUUAAUGUCUGUACCGUUAUGAAGCACCUGCUGUCAUGUCCGAUUUUUUUGUCCCUAUCCUCCCACUGCUGGGUUAGCUUUGGCAAGCUUUCAGUCAUCUGUGGUUUUAUUUAUACUGAAUGUUUCCUUUAAACAAUCAUUUGGUUCCCAUUAAAAACCAGAAGGUCUGA